UAAGACGGCAAACUAAAGUACAGCACGAAGAUCGGUGAACUUUGAUUUACAAUCAUGAUUUCGCGGAAUUGAACGAAUGCUUCAAGAAAGAAGAAAGCGAGGACGCGAAGAAGCCGCGUGCAUGGAUCUCUCUCACACAUCCAUCAUCCCACGCGCGCUGUUCUUCAGGCUAAAUUCAACAUGAUUCGCCUAAUGAAACCGAUCGCGGCGAGGUUUUAAUGGAGGUGGAAGGCGAAUCUCCUGACAGCGAGCUUGAGUUUUAGUCGCCGUUAGUUCCAGACGCACAACAUUGCUCCUCAUUGCAGAGUUCUCAUGCAUCCAGUUGGAGACACCAGAGCUUGGAGAGACAUGUGCGGUCUUUAGCAGCAAUAAUCGCGGCAGGAAACCAGUCUGGAGGGACGGUUGAUAAAAGCAAUAAAUCCCUACUGAACAUAAGUGACCCGACGCGCUAUGAGAAACUUCAGGGUUAGAGCUUCAGUGGCGCGGAUGCUAGCUAUACGACGCCUUGUGAUGGUUUAAAGUGGAGCCUUUCUGAGACACGGGAACUUUUUGGAUUUACCAUCGACAUACUUGCGGAGAUGACAAGAAGACAGGACGACAUUGCGCCAUCACCUGUUAUCUGAACACUGUGAUUAGUUCUCACAAAAGCACUGAAUCUUUAUUGCCUUUGAACCUGCUUUCAAUACAUUCCGCUGUUAGACAUGGGGACUAGUCAGCUACGGACAGUAGACGGGUUGAUUUCUUAACGAAUACAUAGCCAUAUUGUUUUUAUUCCUCUUAACACGUUGCGUUCGGUACAUCUAUUAAUUUCGCACUAUGAUGGAACCGCCACCUUGCGCUAAGAAGAGCCUGUCUCUUUCGCUGCCGGUUCCCCGGGAGGGACAGGCGACCCUCAAGCCUCCGCAGCAUCUGUGGAGACAGCCACGGACCCCCAUCAAAAUCAAACACCGCGGUUACUCUGACACCGACCGGCAUCACCACCGACAGAUAGAGCGCUCAAAUGCCAUGGACACGAGUGACCGGCCGGGGCUCAAGAAGUCCCGCAUGUCCUGGCCAUCGUCUUUCCAUGGAACCACCAGCGCGUCCAUGAGCAACUGCGCUGGGAACAAGCGCUAUGAUGGGGAGAAUGGGCCCUCUUCGCAGGCGAGUCCUGGGCUGGUGCUCCAUCCCUCCUUCCCUCAGAGUCAGAGAAGGGAAUCUUUCCUCUACCGCUCUGACUCCGACUACGACAUGUCCCCCAAGACCAUGUCACGAAACUCCUCCAUCAACAGCGAGGGUCAUGUUGAAGAUCUCAUAGUCACCCCUUUUGCUCAGGUGUUGGCUAGUCUACGAACUGUCAGAAGCAACUUCACAAUUCUAGCCAACGUCACGACUCCCACCAACAAGAGGUCACCAGUGACCAGUCAACCCACAGUUCCCCCAGCAACGCUCUCAGACUCAGAACUGGCAUUAAUGUACAACGAUGAAUCUGUACUGGAGAACCACCACCUGGCUGUAGGUUUCAAGCUUCUGCAUGAGGAGAACUGUGACAUCUUUCAGAACCUCACCAAACGGCAACGGCAGAGUCUGCGCAAGUUGGUCAUCGACAUGGUUCUGGCAACAGACAUGUCAAAGCAUAUGAGCUUGCUGGCAGAUCUAAAGACAAUGGUUGAGACCAAGAAAGUGACAAGUUCAGGUGUGCUGAUGCUGGACCAUUAUAAUGACCGAAUACAGGUCAUGAGGAACAUGGUGCACUGUGCUGACCUUAGUAACCCAACCAAGCCCCUGGCAGUGUACAGGCAGUGGACUGAGCGUAUUAUGGAGGAGUUCUUCCGGCAGGGCGAUAAAGAGCGAGAGCGUGGGAUGGAAAUCAGCCCCAUGUGUGACAAACACACUGCGUCCGUGGAAAAGAGUCAGGUGGGAUUUAUUGAUUAUAUCGUGCAUCCCCUGUGGGAGACCUGGGGGGACCUGGUCCACCCUGAUGCUCAGGAAAUUUUGGACACCCUUGAGGACAACCGGGACUGGUACCAAAGCACCAUUCCCCAGAGCCCAUCUCCACCGCCUGACGGCCCAGAUAAUGAGCUUGAAUCCUGCACGAACAAAUUCCAGUUUGAGCUCACCCUGGAGGGAGAACCAGGACAGGACUGUGCUUCCAGUCAUAACCACAUAGACAGCCAUGGUCAAGAGGCAAAGAAUGAAGACAAGGAGGCGGAUGAAGCUGAGGAGGACGAGAUAGAGGACAAAAUGGAGGACGGCGAGGAGGUGACAGAGGUAGUGGUCGAGAGGUCGGGACGGAGGCGACUGCAGGUUCAGUCAGUAGUUGAGGAGGAAGACGAGAGACAGUCUGAUGAGAGCCCCGUAGAGGAGACGGAGGAGGAGGAGAAGUCAUCCUCUCCUACCGAUGACACGUAAUACUCAAGACUCAAGGAACAGCUGUCUGGCCCAGGGGGCUGAGUAGGGGCCAUCCUUCAAAAACUGUCCCUAUUCCAUUCACAUAGGACUCUUCUGUUUCUGCUAGCUAAACCAUGAACAGAAUAAGUCUUGUGUACCAAUCCAAUAAGACAUUUGAUUUUAUUUUUCAAAAAGGGAACAAAAUAAUAUUGAUAUCAGAGAAGUAUUUAACACAGCAACUGUAGAUUUCAAGUGCGAGCUGGAGUCCAUCCAGCAGCAGCGAGGGUGAGGUUUGACGGUAAAACAGAAUUGCGGUGGGGUUUGUAAAGGGCCAUUACGUCAGUGUAGCACUCUGGAAUUCCUACACAUACGCAUACACACAUUCACAGGCGUACAUGAAUUUUAACCUAAAAUAACGAUACCACACAGUACAUGCAAACACACGGCUGUGUGUCUGUGUAUGUGUUCAGGGGGCUUGGAUCUGAAAGGAAUCUCUUUGGGAAAAAGCCAUCAUAAAAAGGAGCAUCAGUGUCAAUAAUCAGUUUUUAAAGCAUUCUAACAGGGACUUGAAUCCUCAGAAUUCACAUGCUGAGUGAAAUCUGAGAGACUUUUUCAAUUUCUGUCAUAGAGAGAACACAGUUGCAUCUGCAGGGAGAAAAUAAGAUUAUGUCUGCUGUCCAGAAGACUGUGGAGGGAUGAGUAUGUCGGAAAUGAUUUGGAUCAUCAGUGGGUCCCACCCCCUCUUACCCUUUACCCAGGAGUGCUACCAGUGCAAGAUGGCCGUGUGCCUUUCUGAACCACCAGCUUAAACUCUGGAGCUGUUGUGAAGCAAUGCAUUGUGGGACAGGAGUGUCUGCUUUUGUCUUCAUUUUUGAUUGUCUCUUUCUCUUUUUAAGCAAUCUAUCUCCAUCGAAUAUGGUUCUCGUGCCGGCAUGGAUCAUUCGCAUUGUCUUUGUGAUAGUUCCUGCUCUCAUCUGUCAGUCUUCCUCGGUCGCUUUCAAGCCAACCGAGCAUUUAGGGCCUACAUUAGAUUUAUCACCGUCACUACUUACAAACUACCCUCACUAUCCAUGUGAAUAAUUAAUGAUAGUCACUAUCUGAGGAUAAGCCAUGUGACGCUUUGAAACAUAUGUUUUGCCUUUUUGUUUUGUUUUGUUAUAUCCAUUCCUGCCAAAUUUGUAAAAGCAAGAGUCUCCUCAACUGCAGCACACAUUCGCACAGACUCUCUCACCUUCACCCACUCAUGCUGGUAAUGCAUUCUCUACACCACAACGCACUAAGUUAUGUUUUGCCAAAGGAAUGAGUGCUUAACUGAUAAGUUGGAGGAGCCUCGAUCGGUGGCUAGAACAGAGGAUGGGGAGAGAAGUUGAGGCAUAUUUGAGGGAGAAAGACGUUGGUGGUUAGAUGUUGGAAAGACGUGCAGUCAUAUGGAGUUUGAUGCUUUUUUGCCUUAAUGUCAACUGCAGGGUUUCUUGUCAUUUUGUGGAAUAAUAAGAUGUUGGCAUUAGAUCCCAGAUUAUUUGUUUCAUGUCUUAUAUGCCUUCCUAAAUGUCUGUGAAGAAACAAUAGCUCCAUCUGGAGAUGUAGGGUAUUUUUUUCUGCACGGCAAAGUGACUAUAAUGGAGUACAGACAGAGAAAGCAGGUCAUACCAUUAAAGGAACUGUUGCUCUAAUGUAUUUCAUGUCCAGCAUCUUUUAAGGGUGUCUAUUUGACUUUUCACCAAUGUUUAAAGGGAGACAGAGAGCGAUAGAAUGAGAGUGAGUUCUCAGGUUGAUGUUAGAUUUGCAAUAUUGCCUCUCUCAUCUCUCAGAAUUUGUUUUGGUUUGGUUUUAAUUCAGUUGAAUGAAUCAAUUGUUGCUAUAUUGUGGAACAGCGUUUGUGAGCAUCCCUCUUGAAAUAAGAUGGCAAGCUAGUUUCUGCUGGUCAGUAUCUUAGCUUUACACAAGCCUGUUCCUGUCAGAGCUGUAGCUCGAGGUCAUACCAUUACGUAUGUGAUAACUGUACUUGUCUGUGACAGGAUUAGAGGAUGUCACGGUGUAAGUUUUCAUUUGGUGGACCACAGGAGGAAAGGCCGAGGUUACAUGAUCGGUUUGUGCGAACUGAUGACAUUCCCAUAUACAUUUGCCCGUCUUACCUUAAAAUUGCUUUGUUGUGUGGCUUUUCGUUAAUGUUGUGAGCACUACGCUAACAAAUAAUAUUUGCCAUUUUAACACGACACUGUAGCAAUUGUUUCUUAUUAAGAAAUUAUUUAAAUUAAUUCCUUGCUGCCAUUCUUUUUGGAUAUCAAAAGGAAAAAAACAAGUGUUUUCUUUGAACAG